UCUGGUAAUUUACUGAUUUUCUCUGGUCAGUCAUCAACUGUCAAAUGAGUGUGAAUAUAUUAUUCAGAAAGAAAGCAAAUACGUAUCCAAAUGAUUUUCAUAAGGCGUCUAUGAAAAAUGUGAUGAAUGCUAAAUGCGUACAGCACGCAUGAAAAUCUAGAGAGGGUUUGAAAAAAUGUAACUUUUAACCUUAAAAAUUUGUUUUUCUAACCUCUAACUCAUAACUGUAAAGAAUGGGUGACUCGCCGGAAACAUUAAAUAAAGAUUCAGGAGCGAUGGUUAUUACAGAGCAGGAACGAGAGUUAUCUCAGAAUGCCUUUGCAGAAUUUCAAAAGGGAUCCUACACAAUGUGCUUAUCCUACUUGAAUAAGUUAGAGGCUUUGAGACCGAAAGAUCUUAAGGUAAUGCAUAAUAAAGUUAUAGUAGAAUACUAUAAAAGUGAUUUAAAGAAAACAGAGUUGACCCGGAAGAGUUUGAAUGCAAUAUGCGGUCAAGUAUCCAGUACAGAUGCUGCAGAUGCCGUCGAUUACGUAGAGAAAUGCUACAUGAGAUAUAAUCAAGCAGUCUUACUGUAUCAUACCAAACAAUAUGAUGCUGCUCUGCAAAUUGUUAAUAGACUUUUCAACUUCAUCGAACCAAUGGAGGAAUGUUUGGCUCACAAGGUUUGUUUGCUACUAAUUGAAUUACAUUUGAUGACUGAACAGCCAGAUGCCGCUUUGGCCUUAUUAAACUAUAUCGAGAGUCAAUUUAUAUCUACUGAUAUGUCUAAAAUUACAUCGGAAAAAGAAGGUGCUAUAAAACCUAUAAAAGAACAAAAGGAACAAAAGAAAGAUAGCAUUGAUGCAGCUACUGAUGCGUUUAGAAUAAAACUUCUAAAGUACAAAGCUAGAAUAUAUCUUAUAACGCAUCGGUUAAAGCUGUGCAAAAGGGAAUGGAAAACAUUGGUUUCCUUGGGUACUCCUGUUGAUAUUUCGACUGUCUUCCUGAAAGCAAACCUUGAGUAUUUAAGAGGGAAUUACCGGAAAGCUGUUAAAAUUUUAAAUUCCAUCACAAAUGAAAACCUAGAGUACAGAAUUCAAGGAGAGUCUGCAGCUGUUUUAUAUUAUAAUAAUAUGGCAUGUCUUCAUCAUGCAAUGGGUAAACUUAAUCUGGCUUGUUUUUAUCUGCGAAAAGCACUACAAGAAAAUAAGAAUGCCGUUGAAAGUGUACAAGUUAAGGAUACUGAUCCGUUGUCUUCUCAGCUAUUGUAUACCUUGGGUGGAAAUAGAUAUCACGAAUUAAUGUACAGUUUAGGAGUUUCUCUUCUUCAUGCUGGUCAGCCAACCAAAGCUUUUGAUUGCUUCACGGAAGCAGCUCAAAGCAUGCAUAAUAGUGCUAAACUCUGGCUAAGAAUGGCCGAAUGCUGUGUUAGCUGUUACAAACCUACGAAUGAGGUAGAUUUCAAUAUACCUAAGCGUCGUAAGGAUCUGGUUCAAAAAGUAAUUGGUACAGGGUUAUACAGAAAAAUCAUCCUAGCGUCGUCCCUUUCUAAAGAAACAAAGUAUCAUCCCGAAGGGUUAUCCUACGCAAUUCCACAGCCUACCCUGGAAUUCGGAAUGCUUUGUUUAAAAAACGCUCUUCUCUUACUACCAAGUAACAAUGAAUUAAAUUUGCCGAUGACGCCAGUGGCAGGUCCUCAGACAGUAUCGAUGUCUCUUACACCAGGACAUUCUUUAGUUCCCUUAGGUGGUCAACACGCAACUCAAGUGUCCCAAGCAACAACCGUGGAAGCAUUGAACUUAAAAAUCAGUGUCUUGGCAACAAGUGCUUACAUAUCAUUAUGUCUUGGAGACUACGUGAUCGCUCUUGAACAUGCUAAGUCUUUGCUUAGUCUUAACAAAUUGCCUGGAGCAUAUAAAUUGUUAGGACAUUUAUAUGCUGCAGAGAGUUUAAUUUUCUUGAAUAAGAUCAGUGAAGCUAUCGAAUAUCUUAAACCUGAUAAUAUACAAGAUCUCUAUACAUUUAUUCCAAUCCCUGAGACGCUGGAUAAGGAUAAAGACAGAACCGAAGACAACACAGCGAAACCAGUUAGAAGUUGGUAUCCGACCAGCCUUCAUACUGGCAAAGCGAUCCUUCGAUAUAAUUUAGCAGUUGCCUAUGCAGUACGUGGAGAACUCGAUAAAUCGAGCGAGACAUUGAAACAGGUCUGGAUGUCGAAGGGUCCAGACUGUGAUGUACCGAUACAUGUGAUAAUGUUGGCUUUGUACAUAGAACUACAACUGGGCCAUGCGGACAUUUCAAGAUCGAUAGUGAAACAACAUUGCCAACAGUACCGAUGAGAUCUUAAACACAUUGGAUUUUUUAAUUGUAUACCAAUUAGAAAAUUAAUUUAAACCUCGUAUUUUCUCAUGUCAUAUCCCAGGUCAAGUAUCUUCUUUCCUACAAUUUUUCCUAGUCCUAGAAAAUAAUCCUAAGAUUCUAAUUCUGGCCAGCAAAAUUCAGCCCUUUCGAAACGCUAGAAAACAAAUUAAUGCACAGCUGUAAGUCUCGUGAAGUCAUUGUUACGAAGGGGGGUAAUUUCACCGACCGUCUAGCUGAGGAGCAAAGAUACGCACGACGUCCAGACUGGAGGAAAGAUUCUUUGGAUGCGGUUUCUAGGAAUGCUGGCCGAUUGGAAGAUACACGGAUGGACCGUUAAUCUCGCCGCUAUCCUGAACGGGACUGGAUCUUAGACUGCAUCGAGGAGCACAUUAAGGAUUUAUUGGGGCAAAUCUAAUGUCUGGCAACGACGCUUCACGUUCUCGUGGUACACGCAUAAGUUACAUUCAACCGACCCGAAUAAAAUAAGAGAGUUUGUGAAAUAAAUUUCCGCUAGGUAAAAAAGAAUCACGCGAUUGAUUAUAAUU